AUGUCUCGUAUCCUCACGAGUUCCAAUAAAUUGUCUCUGAUGGCAGUCUGUCGUUAUGUUAGAACCGUUAAAAACGAGACGGAACUCAGUGAACUGAGAGAGAAGUGCUCUUCUCUCGAAGCAAAGACAAACGCUAGGUUAAUUGGACCUUCUCUUCCACCGUGGAUAAUGGAGGAAAAAAAGACCGACCCGAGCGAUCUCGAAAAAUUAGCUAAUGCUGACCCAGCAACUCUGCGCUCUCGUGUUCUGGAAUUGGAAAGCCAAGUUCAUGAACUAAAUCAACUCUUAACCUACAGGGAGGAUGUUAUACUUCGAAUACAUGAGGAAAUAUCCAAAAAAGCCUCCAGAUUAGAGGCUGCCGAAGUAGAAAGAUCCAGCCUUAGUGCUCAAGUAAGCAUUUUAAAGCGUGAGUUAGCAUGUCUUCGAGACGACGCUCCGCGGCGACGAGGUGGCUAUCCACCAGAAAUUGAAAUCGAGAUCGAGCGGUUGCGAGGUAAACGCGAUCGAGAAUAUCAACGCCGCAAACGGGCUGAAACUGAAAUGGACGAACUGGACCAAGAAAACAUUGAACUGAAAGCCAAGAUCAAAACUCUCGAAGAACAACUUGCAAACAUUCCUCCUCCAAAGCCGGCCGCACCACAGGGAGAUCCGACAGAUAAAUCCCGUAUUGCGGAGCUUCAGGCGGCUCUUAGUCAACUACGAAUGGACAACGAAGCCAAGCGUUCCGAGUUGUUCGAUCUGAGAUCUCGUUUUGAUGAAAAAUCUGCGCAACUGGACAAAUUGGCCGCUGAAGUGAAGACGAAAGAGCGAGCCGUUGCCGAUUUAUCUACUGAACUAUCUUCCAAGAUUUCCCAGUUGGAAUAUGCCAACAAAGAGUUAGAGUCCGUCCGUUGCCGUGUGGUUCGGGGUGGUUCCGAAACAGAAAGGUGGCAAACGGACAUAAACAGCGUCCGGACAACCAACCGAUUCUUGUCUGCACAGGCGAACGAGCUACGUCUAAAACUUGAGGGUUCCGAGAAACGGGUCGAUCAUCUCCAGAAGCAACUGAUGUCGAAAUUACAGGAUAGCGAAUAUACAAACAACCCACAACAAGUUUCGGCUGACAAUCACCCAUUAGCAUGUCCUGCAUGUGGGGAGAAGAUUCAAAAUGGCAUAUCUUUUGCUGACAACAACCACGACGAUUCGCAGAUUGUCGCAGAUUUGAAGGGUAAAGAGGAGCAAUGUAAGAUGCUGGAGCAACGCUUAACCGAAGCUACAAAUAAAGGGACCGAUUUAGUUAAGAAGUUGAAAACUAUUGAGACCGAACAUUCUGGUCUCCAAGAGCUAUACGCUAACCUUCAAACCGAAUUAGAAAUCCUCCGAAAUUCCUCUGAGAAAAAAUCGGAGUGUGCCAUGUGUGCAGAAUUGAAGCUUCAGUUGCAGAAUGUGGAGUCAGAUCUUGUUGAAGCAAACCAUCUCCGCUCUUCCUCGGUUUCUGAGUUAAACGAACUCAGAGAGAAACUUGCCCAGGCUGGGAACAAUUCUUGCGACUUGCGCCAUGAAAUCAACUCCUUACAGACAGAUCUGGCAAAUUCGUCGGACAAACUGCUAACCAUAAAGAGCACAAUAAUGAGCUUCAUUAGUGAAGUUGACUCGGGACAGUGCAUUUGUUCAGGAGACACUUCAGGCGUUGAUCGACUCCGGCUUGCUACCACGGCUCCCCUCCAGUGA